GCAGUUGUAUGUGUGAUAUGGUCCAGGUUUUAAGAAGAUACCGCACUGCCCCUUGAAAGUCGUCUCCAGUCACUGGAAAACGGUGAUUGUCCCACCGGAGUUUAGGUCACAACGGCAGGAUUCUGCUGAAAAGUCUGCUUUGAAGAGUAACUGUUGGCUUGUUCACAUCUGUCUCUUCUGGACCAGGUGUCUUUACGGCGGGGAAGAGAAUGGAUUCAACUCGUAGGAGAAUGGCGGGGGCUCUGUUUUUUGUCGUCGCAGCGCUAAUGUCCCCUGCAGUGCCGAGGGCGGAGACAGCCACUCCAGGCCCGUCUACAAAUACCUGCACUACGACUUCAGGCAGCAUAUCUGUUUCGGUUGACCAGACAACUAAGACGGUUUCCUUCAUCUGCGGUACUAACGUGAGCGAUGUGCUACCGUCUGCACAAGACACGGUAACGCAGUACUACGAAGACAAAAACAUCACAAAAUUGAAGAACUUGGUGGAGCUCUUCGGCAUGGAGUCGAAAGGCACCAUCAAGUCAUCAACAGCAACGAACGCCUCAGGCAAAGAGGUGUCGUUGACACUGACAAAACUCCCUGAAAAGACGACAGACAUCUACUUCGGUUGCGCCGCCCCGAAGCCACGUGAAGAGCUACAGGAGGGGGUAGGGCGGGAGACUGGAAACCUCAAUGACGCAGACACAGCCAAAGAAAAAUGCAUCGUCACGGUGACAGUGCCUGCUGAUCCAAAUGUCAACACAUGCACCCUCAAGAAACAAAACAUGGAUCUGAAGAUCACCAACACAAACAAGAGCGUGUCCUUCCAAUGCGACACAGGCAUUUCCACGCUGACUCCCAAGAAUUCUUCAAAUAUGAUAUUCGAUGAGUUGUGUGACAAGCAAGUAAAGCUGCAAGAAGUCCUGCCGACAGCCACGCUAGUGAACGCGGACUCGCGCUACACCUUCAGCGUAGGGAAGUUGCCUGAGACUUCACAAACUUUCUGCUACAAGUGCUCCGCUUCGGAGGUUGGCAAGAAGAAUGAGUCUCAGGGUUCUGCAGAAGCAUGCACUGUGAAAGUAAAAGUUGCAGCCGCUAACCUGGACAGCGCCGCCUCGACUUCCGCCACAGCGGGAUCAAUGUCGACUCUUGUCUUCGGAUUUGUUUCUUCAGUUGCCUUCUCGACGAGCGGCUUUUAGAAUCCCUUUCAGUGCUGUGAAAUACAGAACAAGGCACUUUUUUUAAGUUCACAAGGUCGAUGUAUAGGGGACAUCUGGAAAAACAAGAGAUUUGUGUGUGGCGGCAGGGCAUGCAUUGAUGAUCUUGGGUACCUUUUGCACGGCCAGAAAAGUAGUCUCGAUUGUAAAGUACAUUCUACACCUACACUUCAGCUUUUCAGGGAAUGCGGGAAUAAUGUUUCAGGGACUGUGACGACGCCAUCAACCUGGUGAAGCCAGAAGACUACACUGGCUC